AUGUUUUCGUCCGCGCUUAAAUCGUUCAGCUCCAAUAUCUCUGCCAAUUACCAAAUCGCACCCAACCCCACGAUCUACUCCGGCCCCUGGAAAGUGCACGAUGCCAAACAGAAAUCAACCGGAAAUGCCGCUUCGGUCUUUAUCUUUGAUCGCAAAACUCUAGAGCCUCGAUCCGGUGGAUUUGGAUCUCGGUCGGGUUCUUCCGCGAAGAAGGUACACGAGGAUGUGAUUGAGCGACUGAAGCGCGAGGCUAGCAGCCUAGCCCGGUUGCGACACCCAUCUAUUCUUCAAGUAUUGGAACCGGUGGAAGAAACGCGCAGUGGCGGCCUGAUGUUUGCAACUGAAGCUCUCACGGCAUCGCUGUCAGGCCUACUGUCGGAGAAGAGUAGCCAAGAAAGCGGGGCGGGGGGUGGCUCACACUCUAGUCGUUAUAUGGUGGAGGAGGCCAAUGGGAGCCGGAGAAGACGAGACCUGGAGAUUGACGAGCUAGAGAUUCAAAAGGGUCUGUUGCAAGUUGCGAAAGGCCUCGAGUUCCUCCAUGAAUCUGCAGGCUUGGUACAUGGCAACCUAAAUCCAGACGCCAUUUAUAUCAAUGCUAAAUCAGACUGGAAAAUCUCCGGCCUGGGCUUUGCUGGACCCCCAGACUCGUCCGAGGCCAAGUCCUCUCUGCCGCCUUUGGCCGUGUCCGAGGCUCUUUACCAAGACCCAAGACUCCCACCUUCAGUACAACUGAAUAUAGACUAUACAUCGCCCGACUUUGCCAUGGACUCCAAUGUUUCCUCAUCCGCCGAUCUGUUCUCACUGGGCUUAAUAAUAAUUGCCCUAUAUAACUCACCCCAUGUCUCGCCGAUACAGUCACAUGCCAAUGUGUCGACAUACAAGAAGCUUUUGAGCACCCCGUCUACAACCCCCUCCCAAAACAACAACUUCCUUUGCUCGAACCCUAUUCCUCGAGAUGUGCUAUCCCAUGUGCUGCCUAGACUGAUCACCCGAAGGCCUGCGCAGCGUAUGAAUGCGCGGGAGUUUCAGCAGUCUCAGUAUUUUGAUAAUGUUCUCGUAUCCACUAUUCGAUUCUUGGAAUCCCUGCCCACAAAGAAUGCGAACGAAAAGUCACAAUUCUUGCGAGGGCUUCAACGAGUGCUCCCUGACUUCCCGGUCUCUGUUUUAGAGAGGAAGUUGCUAGGCGCCCUUUUGGAUGAAACGAAGGAUCGUGACCUUCUUCCUCUCAUUUUGCAAAAUGUAUUUGGCAUCCUUCAGCGGAUACCCAACGGGCGCCGCACAUUUCCUGAAAAAGUCAUUCCAUGUUUGAAAGAGGUGUUUGGAACAGCGCCAGGCAAGCCGGCAUCCCAAGAACGCGAUUCCAAAAAAGAUGCCGGUCUGAUGAUUGUGCUGGAGAAUAUGAAGCUUGUUGCAGAAAAUUGCUCGGGCAUGGAAUUCAAAGAUGACAUCCUGCCUCUGAUAAGGCUUGGGCUUGACUCACCAACACAUUCGUUGGUAGAUGCCUCUAUUAAAUGCCUGCCCGUGUUUCUUCCAGUUCUCGAUUUCAGUACUGUGAAAAACGAAGUCUUUCCUCCAAUUGCCACCACAUUCAGUCGGACUAGUAGCCUUGCUAUCAAGGUUCGUAGCUUGGAAGCAUUUACUGUGCUCUGUGGUGGAUCUACCAACGAACCCACUAUUGAGGAUGACCUGUCUGGUACAGUGGAAUCAAAUAAGCCAAGCAAAUCCUCUAUAUUGGACAAAUACACCAUUCAAGAGAAGCUUAUGCCAUCCCUGAAGGCGAUCAAAACUAAAGAACCGUCCGUCAUGAUGGCAGCGUUGAAAGUGUUCCGCGAGGUUGGCAAGAUUGCAGGUGCCGACUUCGUUGCUCUCGAAGUGCUUCCUAUUCUCUGGAGCUUUAGCCUGGGUCCUCUUUUGAACCUAAAGCAGUUCAAUGAAUUCAUGGCCUUGAUCAAGACUCUGUCUACUAAGAUCGAAAAGGAACAAACCAGAAAACUACAGGAACUUUCUUCUGGUGGUGAUUCAGGUGGAUUUCAAAAUGGUAAUGGCGGUUUCUCUCAAUCGGCAACGGAUCUCACCGCAUCGAGCACAGACAAUGCAAGGGAUACCUUCGAACGCCUUGUGCUUGGAAAGAAUGCAGGCCCUUCACCCGGAAAAGACUUGGAUCUAUGGGGAAAUGCGGAAUCAGAAGCACCUGCGUCAAAACAACCCAGCGCGUCAGCUGCAUUUUCUUGGUCUACAAACAAUGGUGCAGCAUCGAAGUCCGCUAACUCGUCUGGCCAGUUUGGCUUCCGUUCGAUCACUCCAGAUCAAAAGCUGAACUCAAUUCCGUCGCUUCAGCCUUCAAGGCAAUCGUCAUUCACGACACCUGCUUUUCCAGCCAUGCAGCCAUCGCAGCCAACAUCGCCGACUUGGGGCGCUCAAUCCCAAGGAGCGAGUCAACCAAGUCCUUCAAUGGCAUCUCUUUCAAGUAUGGCAGCUAAUCCCCGGGCUGUUAACUCCCCAGCGCCAAAUUACUCUUCUUUCUCUAUUCCGCCUCCACCGGCAGGAAUGAAUCAGCACAAUGCCAUGAGAUCUCCUCCGUCGAACCUGAGCACGAUGUCAACAGCAUUCCCCGCUCAGACUCGGAUCCAGUCUCAACCUCUGUCCCUGCCCCAACAACCACAACCAAAAAAAGGGCUGGACAAGUAUGAGAGUUUAAUAUAG